UGGAGAUUGAAGAGUACCAUACUAAUAACUAUCGAUCACAUCCGGAGAUGGGAAGCACGAUCAGCCGCAGCAGUGGUGGAAUUGGCCGGUACAGAUACUGCAACGGUCAAAUUGAUGGCUUAGUCGGCAGUGGCGGUGGCGGUGGGAGCCACAUGAAUAAUAAUAACUCUUUGCCUUCCUCUUCAUCGCUUAGCCUCAGCCAAGUGUCGGAGGAGCUUAAGAGACUUACAUCCACUAAAAGUUCCUACAAUGGGCUCAGAUUCAUUAGUAAUGAAAAACAAGGCUGGGAUGACAUCGAGAAAAGAUUCCAGAAAUAUGCUAAUAUUGAUGAUGGACUACUCCAUAGAUCGCUUUUCGGUAAAUGCAUAGGGAUGGAUGAUGAGGAAGAUAAGAAUCCGAGGAGUAGGUUCGCGAUGGAGUUGUUUGAUGCAUUAAUCGCUAGAAAAAGAAGUGAAAAUGUUUCUUCAAUAGACAAAGCUGAGCUACGGAAGUUUUGGGAUCAAAUCACAGAUGAAAGCUUCGAUUCAAGGAUGCAAACUUUCUUUGACAUGGUGGACAAAGAUAUAGACGGCCUAAUCAACAAGGAAGAUGUUAAAAACAUUAUUGAGUUUAGUGCUAGUGAGAAUAAGUUACUUAACAUUUACGAACAUGCUGAAGAAUAUGCAACACUUAUUAUGGAAGAACUAGACCCCAACAAAAUUGGCAAAAUUGAGUUGAAGAAAUUGGAAGAUCUAUUUCAUCGAAGCAUGGCGCCGAGCUCAAGGAAGGUCAAAGAGAAGUUAGUCGAGACAACUGUAGAGUCCAACACCAUAAACCGAUACCACAAACGGGUCAAACACCUCGUAAACAACAUCCGGAGACAUAAUUGGAUUUUAGAGGAAAAUUGGAGACGUAUUUGGGUGAUGGGGUUGUGGCUGGCCAUUUGUGCAUGCCUUUUUACGUGGAAGUUUAUUCAGUACAGGAAUCGAGCUGUGUUUGAAGUGAUGGGCUAUUGUGUUACCACUGCUAAGGGUGCUGCCGAGACUCUCAAGUUCAACAUGGCUCUAAUUCUCUUACCUGUUUGUAGAAAUACCAUAACUUUGAUCAGGACCGAGACAAAGUUGGGAGCACUCAUUCCCUUCAAUGACAAUAUUGAGUUUCACACGGUAAUCGCUGGUGGGAUUGCAAUUGGAGUUGGUGUACAUGCAUUGGCACAUUUAACUUGUGAUUUUCCAAGGCUGCUGCAUGCAACAGAUGAGGAAUACCAGCCAAUGGCGCAAUUCUUUGGGAAAGAACGACCCAACAACUACUGGUGGUUCUUGAAGGGCACAGAAGGGUGGACCGGUUUGGUUAUGGUGGUCUUAAUGGCUAUAACUUUCACCUUAGCACAGUCCUGGUUCCGUAAAAAUAAAUCAAAGCUACCCAAGGCCCUAAGGUUAUGGUACUCUCACCACUUGUUUGUCAUUGUUUACGUCCUCUUUCUCGUUCACGGUUAUUAUCUCUACUUCAUUGACAAGUGGUACAAAAAGACUACAUGGAUGUAUGUGCUUGUUCCAAUCCUUUUGUAUGUCUGUGAACGUUCAAUUCGUGCAUUUAGGUAUGGGUUCCAAGCAGUGAAAAUUCUAAAGUUUAAAGUGUAUCCUGAAAAUGUUCUAGCCUUGCAAAUGCUGAAACCUAGAGGAUUUGAAUACAGUAGUGGACAAUACAUAUACUUGAAUUGUUCGGCUAUAUCUCCUUUUGAGUGGCAUCCUUUUUCACUUACUUCGGCUCCUGAUGACGAUUACUUGAGUGUCCAUAUUCGCGGAUUGGGUGACUGGACAAAAGAGCUCAAUUCCACUUUCUCAAAAUUACCUGAUAUAAACUUACCUCCAAUAUCUAGUAAUCAAAGUAUCGUUGAUGGGCAAGUCAAUAAAAUUCCAAGGCUCCUAAUCGAUGGGGCGUACGGUGCGCCAGCGCAAGACUAUAAACAGUACAAAGUUAUCCUUCUCAUAGGAGGUGGAAUUGGAGUGACUCCUCUUAUGAGCAUUGUAAAAGAUGUGCUUAAUAACAGGAAGCAAUACAAAGAGGACGAAAAAGACUUAGAGAAGGGAAUUAAUAAUUGCAAUAAUAAAAAGAAGAAGAGAAAGCCAUUUGCCACGAAACAAGUCUACUUCUACUGGAGCACUCGUGAUGAAGGGUCGUUCAAGUGGUUCAAGGAGGUGAUGGAUGAAAUCACUGAGAACGGGAAUGAUGGUGUUAUUGAGGUCCACAACUACUGUACUAGUGUUUAUGAAGAAGGAGAUGCUCGCUCUGCUUUUAUCUCUAUGCUUCAAACUCUUUAUCACGCCAAAAAUAAUGGACUUGAUAUUGUGUCAAACACAGCAGUUAAAACCAAUUUCGGAAGACCAAAGUGGUAUAAUGCUUUCAAGAACGUAGCAGCAAAACACGCCAACCAACAAAUUGGUGUGUUUUAUUGCGGUGUGGCAGGCCCAGUUCGAGAAUUGAUGAACCUAUGUCGAGAGUUUUCUAUAAGAGACACGAAAUUUGUUUUUCACAAAGAGAAUUUCUAACUUCAACGAAUGCAUAUAUUAUAUCUACAUAUACAAUAUUCAGAAUCGGAAUAAAGUAAUGGAGAAAUGUAAUAAAAUAAAUAAAGAAUAAUCGGAAUCGAUAUUUAUAAUAUGUUGUUUACUAAAACUGCUUGAAAAUAGAAUGAUAAUGAAUUAUCUUAUUUACUUUGUUAGGAAACAUAAUCAAAAUGCUCAAAUUUGCUAAAUUAUCAUUUUGAGUUAAUUAUU